AUAUAAUGUAUGUUCGCAGUGGUGUAUGUUGUUAGUGCCAGUGAGAACCCGUUCUAUUGGCAAUCUUCGUUUGAAGUUGGGUAAUUUAACAUGGGUUUCAAUGGAAGAUGACAUCUGUGUAGUGAGACCUUAAUGAAAUAAAAUUACGUUUGUGCUCGUGAGGAAGGUGUGAAAUACAUAAAAAUAAUGCUGAAAGAGUUGCGCGCCCUUCAUUUGAAAAAAAAAAACCCCACCACGAAACGAGUCCGUCAUGAUAAAAACCAACUUUAACUCAAACUCUACUUAAUUUUAGAUGUGAUCCGGAACUGGUGCAUCACCUGUACAUGAACAUCGUAAAUUCUUGUCUGGACGUGUCUACCGUAACUAGGAUAUGUCUAGUUCAUCAAGAUAAACUCGAAUCACUACCUGUUGACUUCAAAUGAUGAAACGCAAGAUCGAGGACAUUCAAGAACAGUGUGAUGAAUGGCUGUCCACAAGAAAUAGAAAAAAGGUGAGACCUGCUGAGAAAUUCCCUAAAAGGAGUCGGCUGGCCCGUGUGAUGUCCAUGAAUUCAUCGUUAUGGCAACUGACUCAGAAUUCCCAGCCACCUUUACAGCUGAAGACCACCACCAAACAAAGUAGUCUGCUCAGUUUCUUCAAGUCAUCAGAUUUAAAGAAAACAGAAUUUGAAACCACGCCACACAAGAGCCUUUCUAGCUCUGCAGAACAGACUGAACUCGAUGAUGUGUUAGAUAAUCCUGUGCAACAUCUCAGUGUUGUAUCGCCUGCAGAUCUAUCAACCCAGUCACCAGCUGAUGGCGACAGUGCUGAGCUGAACGAUUCAAGGGAGACAACUCUUAAAGCCUUACGCGAAAGUGGAUCCAACACCAUCAUAGAUGCAUCAUCGUCAAGUGACACCGACUCAGAAAGACUAACAGUUGCAGAUUCACCCGGAAGUAAAAUAGUGCUAGGCCAAAAUACGAAAUCUGAGGUUUUUGAAGACGACAAAAAAGAAAAUUUUCAUGACAAUUUAGCAUGUAAUUACUCGCCUGUAAUUAAUGAACCAAGGUGUUUUGAUCAUAAUGAAGGUUCCAGCACGAGAAGAUUAGAGACUAAUGUACAAUCACUGAAAAGUUUACAUUGUACAAAUGAUGAAAAUAAUAUUUUACAGAACAGUAAGCCAAGAGAAAAUGAAAAUUGUGAUCAUCUUUGUGAUAGAUUAUGCACAGAAAGUUUGCAGUUUUCAGAUUCUUGUUACGAAACUUUGUCACUGGGAGGCAACAUGUAUUCGAAGCAGUAUAAAACCAGCUUGCACUGUCGUCAUGGUGAUGAUACUCCCUCUUUUGACAGUGAAAAUACCAUUCAGUUUACUGAUACCCAGAGUUGUGAUAUUUCUUUCCAUUCUCCAUUAGAUGAUACGAGCAAUCAGCCAGAUAGCUCAGAUAGUAUAAAUCUGUUGCCAUCCAUAUUACAAUGAGCAAAGGAGAAUGGCAUAAACUGUACUGAUGAUAUUGUAAGUGAGGCAGACUCUAUCAGUUUUUCCUUAACUCAUACAUGCAGUAUGUUUGAUAGUUAAAAUAUUUUCUCAUAAUCUUGAUCAAACUCUGAACUAGAAAAACACAAUAAACUUUACUAAUUGGU